AUGGAGGUCCACAUCAUCUUUGACUUUUCCUACUGCAUCUUGGGCAUUUUACUUUCAUUUUAUGUCAUCUUUCUCGUGCUGUUCCGCACACAUAAUGGGAAUGUGAGAGUGUACAAGAAAAUGUUGAUCAUCAGUACUGUCAUCGACAUCAUGUAUGGGUGCUCAACGGCGUUCUCGAUACCGGUAAGACGAUUGUUUCCUCAGCCAGAUUUUCUUUGAGUUUUGCACACAUAGCAGGCAUAGGUCACAUAUCAAUUCCAGAAAGUUUUAGCUCGCUUUUGGCAGGCGCAGCCAAGGUAUUUGAUUUUGGGCCAGAGAGUGCGCAAAGGGCGGAGUGCGGAUCAAAAUGCACGUGCUUUUAAAGCAACUGUAGAUUAUUCUAAGGGGCGACAAGUCCGAAUUAUUUUCCUGAUAGGCUGACGGUGCUCCACAAAGUUCAGAACCCAAGUUCAAGUACAAAUUAUAUCCUUUUCGAAGCCAAGAAAAAGUUCAGUUCAAGUCCUAGUUUAGGCAUUCAAAACCUCCAAGUUCGAACCCAAGUCCAGAAUGGCAUUUUUUCGGAAUCGUUACUGUAAAUUAUUUCCUUUCUGUGUGUUGUCCAUCAGUACGAUAGAAGAAAAAAUAUUUUGUAAUGCCCAAAAUCGAUUUUCUUUGAAAAGUUUUCUGUGCCUGACAUGUGAGACCCAAAAAAUCUUUUGCCCAAUUUUCCGCUUAAAUACAUAUUAGCUACCGACUUUCAAUCGCACUUAUUUCUCCCAUGUCUGAAGAUUCCGAAUGUGCCAAUAAUUCCCGGGACUUUCAGAGCUACCUGUUCUGCGAAAAGAAGCUGUUUGUCCUCUUUGAAAAUCCAGUCCUGCCGGACGAUCCGAAGCUUCUUCUCCGUGCCUUUCAAAUACAAACUUUCUUCAUUUUCAUCAACAUCUUGAUCGUCCCAAUUCAGUUCUAUUUCCGUUACAUUGUGGUUUGCCAGCGCAACUACAACUUCCGAAUGGUGCUCAAGCCUUUAUUAAUUGCACUAGUCUACGUCUUUCUCCACGCCGCAAUGAUUCAGAGGACUUUUGAAUUCAGAAACGAGGUGUACGAUGAGAUUUUAGUGGAGCAAGGACUUGAUGUCAAGCGGGUGAAAUAUAUGGUUGGAGAUAUUGUGAGAGUCUUUGAAGUUUUAUUUUAAGCCUGUACCGUCGUUAUUGACCGCAUUUUCUAUUGAUAAAAAUGAGCUACUUUUACAAGGGAGGUACCCCAACUGCGAGGCUCAGAUUCUGUUUAAAUUUAGUUCAGACUGAUGCGAGGACAUACAACAGAUAAUAAAUUUAGCUUCCACUUCACCAGGUCAGCCGAGAUGUUCAACUAUCUUUGCAGACAAGAGGGUACGCGAAACGCGAAGAACCGUCAGAGAGGAAAACGCUUUUUGGCCGUAUUCUUGCUAAUUUUGUCCGGAUCAAGUCAAGUUUUUUUCGAAACGUUACCCACCCUUGUCAGAAAUAGACAUGAACUUUUUCAUCCAAAAAAUCAGCAAAAGAAUGCCGUAUUUUUCUCAACUCUUGGCCUAAAAAUCUCUAUCAUUUCAGCGAAGCGACGAAAAAUUGAUCAAACUUUCUUUCAAAUUUCACCAGACGUCGCACUUGUAGUACUUCCUCUUCUACAUGUGUUAGUAUUUGUUAUUUUAGGACAAAAAAUGUAUCUUAUGUAAAAAACCGCAUUGACCCCAAAUUUUUCCAGAGCAAGCAUCAUCUCCUCCUUUAUUACAUGCUCAAUGGGCUUUUCAUGGCAUGCCUUACAUAUCUCCUUGUUGGCGCCUAUUACUGCCUAACCCGGCGAAGAUUACGGAAGCUAAAAUUUAGCUUGAGCGAGUCCACGAAACGAGCUCAACGACAAGUCGGUCAAAUCGCCACAAUCCAAGUGAGACCUCUUGAAAAUUAAUACUCAAUACACGUCAUAAAUUUUCAGGCAAUCUACCCAAUGUUGUGUAUAUGCACACCUUGCAUUAUGAUAUGCACAGCGCCGUUGAUUGGGCUAAAAUCUCAACUGUUCGGCUGCAUCUGCUCGACGCUAUCUCACAUCUUCCCGGUGCUCAACGCUUUGUCAGUGAUCAUCUGUGUGCCUUCGUACCGGCGGAAAACCCUCCGAUUUAUACGGCGGGCAAUCAGAAGGAAAAACGAAGUCACCGUGAUAAAAGUCUCGUCCAUAACACCAAAUGAUGGGGUGGAAUUCUUGAAAGAAGGCUCGAAUUUUGUAUUGACAAGAGUUGAACAUUCCGUGCAAGUCCUGGCACACAUACCUAAGCCAAAAUGA